AGGUCUGUCUCCCCAGAUCUAGGACCUGGUUGCACUCAGACCUUCAAGGGGGCUGUGUAAAAAGGUGUGUUGGUGUCACUGUGCACAAAGAUGGCCUUCCAUGGAGAAAGGUGGUGAUCAUUCAGUGGGCCAAAGGACAGUCUGUAUAGCAGCUAUUAGAUGAGGGGACACAGGAAAGGCCAUCAGGAAAUGAGGUCACACCUCAAAAGAACUUAGAACCCUCGUAACCCGGCACCCAACUCCUACCAACUGCCCAGCCACCAGCUCAUUUGGUAAGAGACACUUGAGCGUGAAAGAUGUUCUCCUGCUGUGUUCCCACUCAUCGGGGCUUCUGUUUCCAGAGACCCCGCCGUGAGAGUUUUUCCGGACGUUGGUUGAACCCUCAUCUCCGACGUCUUUACCCAUUUAGGAGAAGAUCGCCUGAGAGCUCCGCACAGGAGAAAGGACAGGAGCUGUCAGAUGGGGUCUUCAACUCCACCCCUCCGCAGGAGGCACAGGUGUCCAUCACACCUGCAACACUGCAGGACGGCCACCACAGGAUUGUCGAACCUGAGGAAAAUUAUGAAAGCAUCUUUUCUGAGCUGGAGCCCAGCAGUGAUAUUAUGCUCAAUCAGGACUUAAACAAGGAGGACUUUAAUAUGGGGAUGCUCCAGAGACAGGGGCAAGGAAUGGUAACGACUUUGGCCGAGACAUGGCAACCAUACAUUAAGGAGGACUAUGUAGCUCCUGUGCCUAUGUUCGUAGUGCCAGAGGAAUUUUUGUGUUUUGAGCAGGACCCUGCAGAGCAUGUCCCCAAAAUAGAAGAAGACCUGGACUUGUGGUAUGACACGGUGGAGAACUUUAUCAACAGUGGCUCAGAUCUGGAGGGUGACGACACCAUCCUCAGCACCCUUGAGCCAAAUCCCAGGGAAUACAUCAAAGGCCUGCCACACUACAGCUCACAACCAGAGACUGAGAGCAUCCACAGUGUCUGCUGUCAUAGGGAGCCUCUGAGUCCCGCUGACAUGCCCGAGGAGAAGCAGGUCCCAAGAAACAAGCAGCCAAGUGACUCUGUGUCUGACUCGACCUCCAGCACAUCCACCCCCCGGGAGAUGUUGGCAUGGACCCUGGACAGCCAGGAGGUCGAGAAUUCCACCAAGGAUGUGUCUACUGAGAAGUUGCCCACUAGUGGAUACAUCACUGAGACCACAUCUCUUGUCACCCCCUUCCCCAGGUCUGAGGGGACCCAGGCUGGCCUGUGGGGCUGGAGGACAUCCCGGAAGCAGUGGGAGGAGGCAUGGCCACAGAAUGAGCUGUCCGACAGCCUGGAUGAAGAGCUCUGCCUGGACAUGCACAGCCAGCUGAAGAUCCCCAGGAUGACCGUGUUUGACCAUCUGAAUGAUGUUCUCAUUGCUGAUGACCCUCAGCCCACGAACAUCAUCCUCGUCAACACUGCCGACUGCCAGGGGCAGUGCCUGUUUGAUGCCCUACAGCAGCGCUUGCUGUCCGUGAUGUGCACCCGCUCUGAGGCUGACCUCCAGGUGGCCUUCAGCUCUAUCAUCUCGUGGAUAGAAAAAACCUACAGCUGCAGUUCCCAGCUCAUGAUGCCAGUGAAGAUCGUGGUGGUUGGAACGCAGAAAUACCUCAAUGCCGUGCUGCGGCUCUAUGUAGAGCAGCUGUCCCAUCAGAUGCCUGACUGGCUGGGCUAUGUGUGCUUUGUGGUCAUCCCGCUGGGUUCACAUCCCGUGGCCAGGUACCUGGGCUCCGUGGAUCACUACUAUAAAAUCUUCUUCCAGGACCUGGCCUGGCAGAACAUGUUCAACAGAACGGAGGCCCAGAUCACCCUGCAGGACACGGUGGACAUCGUUUGGAGAAUAGCACGGUACAUUGUGGGAGCCACUUGUGUCCACCAGCUGCCCAUUGCAAAGGCCAUGCUCACCAACAAGAAGAGCCCCAGUGAAAAGUCCUUGCUGAAGAUCAUUCCCUUCCUGGGGGUGGUGAAGUUUGGAAUAAUGGAAAUGUCCUCAUGCACAUCAGGAGACUCUUACGAUGUGGCCCCCUUGGGCUCUAGCAAGCUAUUGUCCUCUUUGCCAUCCACAUCACUGGCCAUCAAGGAGGCCUGGGCCACUCCACCUUCCUCCCCAUCAGUGAGUGGGAGCCUGUCCUCCAGCAGCCAGGACAUCAGCACCCAGCCGAUGGGGCUGCAGGUGGAUUAUUGGAUGGCAGCCCAGCCCACAGACAGGGAGAGAGACGUGUCUACCACCAAAAAUAUGCUCAAGUGCGCCAUCCAGUCUCUCCAGGUCAGCAGUCUGCCCAGCAGUGGCGAGGCCACUGCCACACCCACCAUGUCCAUGACUAUGGUCCCCAAGAAUAAAAAAGUGAUGUUUCUGCCCAAGGAAACAAAGAACAAGGAGGUGGAGUCUAAAAGCCAGACCAUCAAGGGCAUCAGCCACCUUGUCUGCAGGGCUGAGCAUCAGCAGAACAUGCAGAGGGUCAUCAUCAAUGGCGUGGAGUGGGACGACGUGCAGUUUCUUCGACUGGAAGCCCAGUGGUCCUCCCACAUUACACACUUCCCGAUAUGUGUCUUCAGAAACUCCAGGUCCACCUUCUAGCCCUGCCCAUUGCCU